UAAGUAAAUAUAUUAUAAUAUUUGUUUUAAUAUUAUAAUUGUUGUUGUUUUAAAUAAAUUGUUUAUAUAAAAUACCUCUAAUCGUAAUGUCGCGAUCACAUUUCUCUCGAAAACUUUGUCUUGUCAUGACGGCCUCAUUGGUGGUGAUAACAUUUUUCGUAGUGGGCUACUUUGGUUCUAGCGCCAUUUCAUCACCCGUGGUGCCAGCUUACGGUAGUGGGAGUUCUGGAGAUCAGUCUACAUUGGAAUUAUUACAUGUGGUAUUUCGUCAUGGACCACGUACACCUGCCGACACCUACCCAAAUGAUCCACAUGUAAAUCAAACAUUUUACCCAUAUGGAUGGGGACACAUAACAAAUUCGGGCAAACGUGAGUUAUUUAACAUUGGCACUUGGCUGCGUAAACGUUAUAAUAACUUUUUCGAUACCCACUAUCAACCAGAUAUGGUACAUGCUCAGGCUACGGGUGUUACACGUACUCACAUGUCUCUGCAAACGGUGUUGGCCAGCAUGUUCCCACCCAAAAAUACUCCCAUGGAAUGGAACUCUAAGUAUAAUUGGCAACCAAUUCCUGUAUUUUCGCAGGCAUUAAAUGAGGAUACACUUUUAUUGGUGCGCACUUCUUGUCCUCGUUACUUUGAAGCUUUACAUGAAACCUUGGAUUCACCUGCUGUUAAGGAAGAAGUUCAACCCUAUGAGUACAUGUACUCAGAGUUGUCUGCAUUGACAGGCAUGAACUUCACCGAACCUGAAGAUAUACAAUCGCUGUAUUUGACUCUUUUGGCAGAGGUAACUAAAUCCUAAAAUUCAG